AUUUUUUACACAUAGGCGCGCCGCUUCCAGACCUGACUUCUUCUCCAGCUCCGCCGUGUUUUUCUUCUCGGUCGUCGACGUUGUCCUCCAAGAGAGUGAACAUUCGUUUUCGUUAUUGUACCGAGGCUUGAAUCAACCUACAGUUCCUAAACAACAGCGUGCUGAUACCCCUUCUCCUCAUCUUCCUUAAACCUGAGGCAGGAUUCCUAGCUGAACAAUCAGUUGGCAAUUCCAUUGUGUGAGAUCAGCUGGGAUCACUCGAAACCAUGACGGAUUGCAGUCGUCAGCGUGAUUUUAUGUUCUGUGAAAUGUGUGGGACAAUGUUGUCAUUUGAUUCUCAGAAGGUUGCUGAAUGUAAGCUGUGCAAUUUCGAGAAGCCCCUGGAUGAAAUUGCUGGGAAAGAGAUUCGCUAUACCAUUAGCGCAGAGGAUAUGCGGAGGGAGCUGGGAGUGUCGUUGCUCGAUGACAUUGAAGAAGAAAGGGAGCUGAAACAAAUGGAUUACAAUGCAAAGUGUAAGGCGUGCCAACACUUGGGCAUGGCAUAUGUUGCCAGACAGAUUAGAUCUGCUGACGAAGGGCAGACGAUAUUUUAUACAUGCCCUGUGUGCGCGUAUAAACAGACGGAGAACUCGUAGAGUUUGGGGACUCGCUCGGGAGUUUGUUGUGGUUUGGCAUCUAACUCUUCACCUGUUGUGGAAAUCUGAAGAUGAAUUUCACAACCCCCUUUUUGUUGGCUGUAGAAUUAGAUGUUACGAAGUUAUAAUACCCAAUCUUGAUUGAGAGUAUUAUUAGUCGUGAAUUUUGUAGUAUUUUUACAAUUUUAUUUUUGUUCCAUUGUUUAAUGUGAUUUCCAAAUUAUAUUGAAGCAGCAAUUCGCAAUA